AUGCACGCCGGACUGAAUGUGGCCGACCGGCUCGAGGCGCUCCUUGAUAAGGACGGAUUUAAAACCUGGGGCUUCAUGAUCUGUCGAUGUACCUACCAAAACAACUCCGACUGGGAGAAAUUUAUGGCUCGCUUCCUAAGCGCUGUCCCCGAUUACCUUGAGUUUUACAGUGGCCUUGAUCUCCUCGAUACAUUUGCCCUAACAGUCUUAGAAGACCCCUCCUUCGAGGGCGCGACUGUUGCCCCUCUACGCGAGCACUUUAAUCAGUGGGCGAAGGCCUCAUUAAAAGAGGAACAGGGUGUUACUGAAGACUAA